AUGCCCUUCGGGCUGGCACGGAGGUGCAGGAGAGACCCACCUGGUCCCACCAAGACAAAGCUAGCUAAAUCACAGUGGAGGGAACAAGUUGAGGCGUAUUGCAUCCCAUAUGUCUCCAGCGGCAGCUAUGACCUCGGUAGAGAGGCGACGCUUUUACUUGCUUUCGAUAGCAGCAUGAAAAACCUCUACAAGAAUUUCUGCCCUAUCAUGAUACUUCUCAUCUUGGGCCCGUACAGCAUCCUCGCGACCUGCUUUUUCAAAGUACAGGUCAACGGAAGGACCAUUACUAACGCUGUAACCUGCAUCAACAUCAACUAUCAGCGUCAACCCAAGGCUUUAUGA